GUCUUCCAGCCCACGCACCUCACUUGCAGCCCUUUCGGCAUUGGGCAGAUAAUUAUUUUCGGAAACCCAUACCGGCCUGAAAAGAAAAAAAAAACAAGACGUUAAUAAACAAAGGCGACACAAGGAUAGGCUUUAUACUAGCGAUGCAGCACCCUCCUGACAACGACGUGGGUGGUGAGAGAGCCCUUCUCUCUUCUUGUUCUUCACCACCGAAAACCAGUUAGACUCGACUGAGACUGACUGCCGGCCUGUCCACGUCAAAGCUGCUGGUGAUCCUGAUAAUUUCUUUUGGGGCCAGCGCCUUUGCACACUCGUUACCGGUGCAUCACCACACAAUCUGCUGUAUUAAUUUGCCCUCUCGUUCCAUAAUAUUAAUGUUCUUUGUCUUCUGAGACUACCAUCUUCUCUUCAAAAGCCCACAAUGCGGUCACGAUCGUUUCAAUCCGGAGCGCUUGUUGCCGUCCUGUUGGCGGCAACCGUAGCAGCAGACCCAACAUGGCCAAAUCCGCAAAUCGAUGAGUUGGAAGAAAUCAUGUUUCAAACCAGUGGCUUCAAGGCACGGCUGUUUACGGAUAAUAUCAGGCAGUGCGCCAAUGAAGCCUCUGGCCCGGGAAGAAAAACCGCGGCAGAAUGGCUGAGGACAUCGUUCCACGAUAUGAGUACGCACAACAAGUACUUCGGCACCGGCGGCUUGGAUGGCUCGCUGCAGUACGAGCUCAACAGUGGUGAAAACACUGGCCCUGGCCUGCGGACGACACUUAGCUUCCUCGGCGGUUUCGUGUCCAGCCGGAGUUCGCUGUCUGAUCUGAUAGCCAUGGGGGCGCAUGCCUCAGUCCGCUCCUGUGGUGGCCCUGAUAUACCUGUCAGGGUAGGCAGAGUCGAUGCAACAUCAGCUGGUGCGAUCGGCGUGCCGCAGGUCCAAAACCCAGUUGCUACAUUCCAGAAUCAGUUCGACCGUAUGGGGUUCAACCAGGCCGAGAUGAUCCAGCUGGUAGCUUGUGGACACACCUUGGGAGGAGUCCACUCAGUCGAUUUUCCUGAUCUUGUUACGCCCGGAUCCGGUGGCCCCAAUGGGGUUGUGGGCAUGGACUCGACACAGGCCAGCUUCGACAACAGCGUCGUCACCGAGUAUCUGGAUGGCACGACACAGAACCCUCUCGUUGUCGGGCCUUCGGUCCAGUUGAGGAAGAAUUCCGACGGUAGAAUCUUUGCGGCGGAUGGAAACGCAACCGUCAACGCAAUGAGGGAUCCGGCCGUGUAUCAAUCCAUGUGCAGAAGUAUCCUCCAACGAAUGAUAGACACUGUCCCAUCAGGGGUCACUCUCUCAGACGAGCCGAUUACCCCGUACACCGUCAAGCCAGUCGACAUGCAACUCACACUAGGGUCGCAAGGGUCUACGUUGCAAUUGAAUGGUCACAUACGCAUAAGGACGACGACCAUUCCGCUGAACACGGUCCGUAACGUGGUCGUCACUUACAAAGACCGCCACGGAGGAAACGAAUGUGGAACCUGCGCUGUCACUUCGACGGUGCAAGGAACUGGUGCAGGACUUGAAGACACUUGGGCUUUCUUCCCCGUAUCUGCUUCCUUGAGUGCCACUUCAGGUAUCUCGUCCUUCACUGUUACGAUUAAUAGGGUCGAUGGCACCUCGACCGUUUUCGACAACAACGGCGCUCAUUACCCCAUAUCCGACGCUGUCUUGCUGCAAAAGCCCCAGAGCUGUCUCCUUCAGGGGUCUGGUGCUCUCACGGUAUCGGCCGUUGUUCGUAAUGACCAUGCAGCACUGCCAAUAAACCUGGGAGUCACAUAUCAGACGGCACAGACUAACAGCCCAGUUCCAGCCCUGAACCACGAGUCAAUCCCGAUGGUCAAGGGAGACUGCGUAGGCGCCUACACCUUUUACUCGGCAACAUUUUCAAUCCCAGGCGGGAGAAGUUUCGCAGCCAGGUUGGACAUUGUCAGCGGCGCCGGUGAGACGGCAGUCAGUGACGCCUUUAACCUGGCUGCCGACUUGGCUGGGACAUGCCAGCCAUUUGCGGGCAGCCAGGCAUGUGCGGACGUUACUGUCACCACAGCUAUCCCGAGCUCGACGAACCCUCCUACCUCUACGAGUGCCACCACUACUCCUCCAGUAGUAACACCAACACCAACGGGGGUUCCCGAGCACAUCCAAAACUUGGGCGACUACGAGUUGGUUUCUUGCUGGACUGAGGGCGUAGGUGUCCGCGCCCUGGCAGGGGCCACAUUUGUCUAUGAUGGGAUGACAUUGGAAACCUGCAUGGGCAACUGCACAGGGUUUGCAUACUUUGGGACAGAAUAUGGGAGAGAAUGCUAUUGCGGGAAUUCCCUACACCCAUCCAGCGGCCCUGCGGACCUGGCAGACUGCAACAUGCAGUGCUCGGGCAAUCUCUUGCAGUACUGUGGCGCGGGCGAUAGAAUUGAGCUGUACAAAAACGCCGCCAUUCCAACGACGACUAUUAGUCUACCUCCAAUCCCCACAGCUACAGCCACUCCCUCACACCAGCCCACAGUCACCGCGGUGGAUGGUGGCGUCUGGAGCUUCCAGGAGUGUCGGACCGAAGCGACCGAGGGCCGGGCUCUGACCGGAAAUGCCUACUUUGACGACGCCAUGACACUCGAGGCUUGCGCCUCGGCAUGCACAGCAUUCACCUUCUUUGGAGUCGAAUAUGGCCGAGAGUGCUACUGCGGAGACAGCUUUGGCGAGGGUUCAGUCGAGGCGGCGGAGACGGACUGUAGCUUUCCCUGCCCCGGAGACGGGGCACAGCUCUGCGGCGCCGGUGUGCGACUUAGCACAUACCGUCGGGUAGAAGCCUGAAGAGGCCGGUUGGCGCAAUAGGGCCAGGAUUCUCCUCGUCUGGGAUGAGAAUGAGCCAAGCAGGGAAUUUACGGGAGUGUGUAUGGCUUUAAUG